GACGGGACCGCGCGUCUCAUGAAUAUGUAAUGAGCACAUUGUGACGUAUGCAACACGGAAGUACUGUUUUGAGCUGUAACAGUAGCAGAGAGGAUCACAGUGGCUUUAAAAUGUUUUACAGCACUCUGCUUUUCUUUGCACGGAGAAGAUACACGUCAUCUUAUAUGGACCCACGCUGAGGAUCUGUUCCCAUCGAUUUAGCAAGUACUUCUUCGCUGGAAAUAGGAAUCUCUUGAAUGAAUUAGAUCUAUUGAACAGUGGAUGUUGACAGGGACAAUGAAAGUACACUUACUGCUGUUUUUCCGAGUAUUAAAUAUCCAGUAAUCGUCAUGAAAUUUUAUGGUAUAAACAGAACAGAGAAAUCGUAAUUAUUUAUGUUUCGUCACAUUAGUGGGCUAGUCAUUGCAUUGAGUUGAUUUUAAUUGUAAGAGACAGCAGCUGCAUCUCUCAGAGAUGGAUGAAGUGGUUAUGGAUCAGAUCAUGUCUGUUGUUUAUCAAGCGGUGUCUUGGAUCGCAUCUGUUGCCAUCAUAUUUGGAGGGGUGGUGCCAUACAUCCCUCAGUACAGGGACAUCCGCAGGACCCAGAAUGCAGAGGGGUUCUCCACAUAUGUGUGUCUGGUGCUGCUGGUGGCCAACAUACUGAGAAUACUCUUUAGGUUUGGACGUUACUUUGAGAAUCCGCUGCUUUGGCAGAGUAUAAUCAUGAUCAUGACGAUGUUAAUCAUGCUGAACCUGUGCACCAGCGUCCGCAUGGCCACUGAACUCAGCACCAAACGCCGCUCCUUCUCAGCAACAGACAGUAAGGAUGAAGAAAUCAAAGUUCCUAAGAGGCUCUUUCUGGACUUUGACUGGAACUACUUCUGGUCUUGGAGUCAUUUUGUGGAUUACCUGCAGUGUGUGCUGGCGUUCACAGUGCUAGCCGCCUAUGUGACGUAUCUGCUUCUGGACUCAGUUCUGUUCGUAGAGAGCCUGGGUUUCCUGGCUGUAUUCACAGAGGCCAUGCUGGGGACUCCCCAGCUCUACUGCAACUACCAGAACAAAUCUACUGAAGGCAUGAGUAUUAAGAUGGUGUUGAUGUGGACCAGUGGAGACACUUUCAAGACCGGUUACUUCCUGUUGACUCAGGCUCCCAUGCAGUUCUGGAUCUGCGGCCUCCUUCAGGUGUGCGUGGACUUUGCCAUCCUCUUCCAAGUCUACUACUACAGCCGCUACCCACAGAAGCCCAUCUCACACACCACACACACCACCAGCGCCAAGGCCCUAUGAAACACCCUCGCUUCACACAAUGUGCUCAAAUCUAUAUUAUGAUGCAUACAUCUGAAUACACACAGGAUCAUCAUACAGGGGCCCCAAAAUGUAUUUGGGUACUUAAGUCACACUUAAAUAUGUAUGAAUGUCAUUGCAAUUGACACACAACAUCAAACUAUGAUGCUAGAUCUUUUCUCAAAAUUGACUUUUUUUGUGCUUCUUUUAUCUUUUCUUCAAAUGAAUGCAAAUUUUUUUUUAUGUUUCAUGUAAUGCUUUAAACCAUCCAAGAUGUAGAUGAGUUUGUUUCUUCAUCAGAUUUGGAGAAUUGUAGCAUUGCAUCACUUGCUCACCAGUGAAUGGGUGCUGUCAGAAUGAGAGUCCAAACAACACAAUAAUCCACAUCACUCCAGUCCAUCAGUUCAUGUCUUGUGAAGUGAAAAGCUGUGUUU